UGUUUCCAUGGUUACCAAGGGUCUCCAAACACAACAGGAGCAGAUUUUCAUUCACUGAUAUUGAAAGAAACUGAACAGAUUUAUAACGUCAGCGGAAGUCACUAGAAACUUUGAACAUGUUCAAAGUGGAUUUGCCUGUAGACGAGUCCACGGAAAAGGCUGUGGAGAGGCGUAGGGCUGCAGAAACAGCACGCAAGGCCCGCAUUUUCAACACCCGGCUUCGUGUGAUGGGUCUCGACCUAGACACACUAAACCAACAAGUCCAGGAGAAGAAACACCAGCAAAACAUGGAGAAACAAAUGGACAAAGCUUUGGAUAAGUUGAGAAUAUACCAAGAUGAAGCACUGGUGCAGCAGAACAAUGCUGAAGAGGAGAAGCGAAGAGUUUUGAAUUCUGAACUCACCAAUUACUGGGCUACUCAUCAGCGACCAGAGGACUCUCGUGAUGCUGAUCUUAAAUUUGGCCUGAAGGGGGCAUUCAAGAUCGCCAUUCCAGAGAAUGAGCUAGGGCCUGCCAGUAUGCAAAUCUUUAAGGGAGAGGGUGUCGGAGAGGAGCUGAGGAUGAGAGAACAAAUAAGAAAGACAGAACGAGAUCUGCGAGCACAGAUGGACGAGAAUGAAAAACGGCACAUGCGAGACAAGCACAUAGAGAUGCUUGCGAGCAAAGAGCUGGUGCAACAAGACGUGAGAGGGGCUCAACAAGCUGCCCUCGAGGAGGUGUGUAAGAGAGCCAGCCGCAUCGCGCUCGAGAACUACAAUCAGGCUCUGGCUAAAGAGCAAGCAGAGAAACUGGAGGAGCAACGCAAGAGAGAGGAACAGGAAAAUCUGGCAGAGAUGUGGCAUACAAUGACAUCUGACAUGAUGACAGAGUGUGCAGAGGCAACAGAGAGACAGGUGGGAGGAGGGAGGCCACCACAGGUUCUACCAGACAGGUGGAAAGGAAUGAGCCCCGAACAGCUGAAAAGCAUUCAGCAGGAGAGAGAACAACAAUGCCUUGAGAGACAGAAACAGCGAGAUGCUGAAAAGAUCCGUGAAGCAGCUUGGGACCUGAAGCUGCUGAAGCUGUCCAGAGAAGCCGAGAAGGAGGACCUGAGAGCAGCCGAGCUGAAUAGAGAGCGGAGAAUUCAGAUGGACCGCUACAACAUGCAGCUGGCCCGAGAGCAGCUGGCACAGCAAGAGUACCUGAAUAAGAGACUGUACACCAACAAACCCACCAAGGACUACUUUUAUCAAUUCAACACCAGCUCCCGCUGACUGCCAGUGACCUGACAUUAGCUUGUCCUCCUGUGGCAUUGGGCUAAAUAAACCUGGUUAAUCAAUGAA